UAUGGUUGUAAAAGUUGGACACUUGAACGCUGAGGCUGAAAAAAAGAAUUCAAGCUUUUUUUAGAGUAAAUUCUACAGAAAAAAUGCAGGGGAUCAGAUACCAAGAAAAGAAAGCAAAUGAGUUUGUACUUGCACAUGUCAACAGUCUGGAUCGCACAGCAGAGCCCCACACUCUACUGUGAAGAGACGAAAGCUGAGCUUGUAAGACAUGACUCACUGCCUGAAGCCAUUCUUCAAAGUCCAGUGGAAGAGGCAUGAAGAAAUGGUCGUGCAAAGCAAAUUUGGCUGGACAAUGCCUCUCUCUUGAUACGCUGCUAAGAGCAGCUGCUGACCGCAAAAAUUACACGAAAUGUCACAGCACCUCUACGACGAAUGUCAAGAACCAAGACUUAAUUUUAUUGCCAACUCUGAUGUAAUUAAGGAACUCAUUCAGCCGCUAGUGAUAAGAUGUUCUGCACAGACAUUUUACAGUGAAAGAAACAGAAGUGUUACAGUUACAUUUAUGAAUAUAAUUCACGAGACCAUUGGAAGUCUGGCCACCGUUUCAAAAAUUCAACAAUAUGACGCCAGUCCAGACGUCAGUUUAAAUAAAGUUCAAGGAUAUCUCUCGAAUCAAGGGUCAAGAGAAUCUUACCUUCAAAUCACAUGGACGCAUCCAACACCUUUACAGACGGGGAAAUACACCUGCGUGGCUCAUACUAUAAACUAUGUAGGAAUUGUGGAGAAGUUGGAAGCCGCUCUUUCUAUUGAGGUGAAGAAAACAAGUUUCGAUGAUUUAGUGGAUGUUGUCAUCGACGUGUUGGAAAAUGUGGAAGAUGAAAAGACAAAAGUGAAGAUGUUACAACAGAAGGUUGAUAAAGGUCAAUCCUGUUCCAACGUUAGAAGCAUCAAGGCCAGAGUAUUUGUGAUAUUAGCUUCCGGGUUAGAGGUCAUGUGUGACACCAAGACAGACGGCGGUGGAUGGAUCAUCUUUCAGAGAAGAAUCAACGGAAAAGUAGAUUUCUAUAGAGGCUGGAAGGAGUAUCGUGACGGUUUUGGAGAUUACAACAUUGGUGAAUUUUAUCUGGGGAAUGAAAAUAUUUUUAAGUUAACUUCUACUGGACAAUAUGAUUUAAGAAUUGAUUUAGAAAUCAAUAAAAAAAAAUAUUUUGCUGAAUACAAAGACUUUAAAGUAUUGAGUGAGACUGACAAUUAUAAACUGCAGAUUGGAAACUUCACAGGAAAUGUUUCUGAUGAUUUGUCCCGUCAAAACAACAUGUUCUUUAGCACUUUUGAUAGAGAUAACGACAGGAGCACUGGAAACUGUGCAGUAGAGAGUUCAGGUGCCUGGUGGUACGACUGGUGUUCUUAUACCAAUCUAAACGGUCAAUGGGGAAGUAAACCAUAUUUCAUGUCAGUAUUCUGGCAUGGUGUAACCAGAGAUUCGAAGAGUGUCUCCUUCACCGAGAUGAAAAUAAGAGAAAGGGAAUGACACUUGCAUUUUGAUUUAUAAUAUAUUAUUCAUUAUAGAUCCUACAAUUUAGUGGCAUUACAUAAGACGGUUCCUCUAAGACAAUGACAGUAGCGCAGCACGAAAUGAGGGACAACAUCAUUUUAAAAAUAGUUUAAAAAAAAAACAAGGCUUAUAUUAAGUGUUCUUGUAUCAAUUAGUAUGGAUCAGUCAUGUAAUUCAAUUUUUAAUCUAGACUAUCAAUAAAAAAGCAUUUAUAAUAUAAAUAAUUAAAGAGAACUACUUGAAUUCGAUCUUGUGGGCUAAAGCCAUCUUAGGCUUCUCAAGCCAACGCGGUAACCACUCUGCUAGCGUAGAGUCUCAGAAGAUGGACCAUUGUAUAGUUAUCUAUUAUUUCUGUUUCAUGUUUGUGUCUAAUAUAAAGAGGUCUAAUUAAGGUUAUGUCACCACUUCAGUCAAGUACUAUUUCAUUCCAUUGUUUGAGAUACCAAACAAAGUAAUUUAUUACCAAUAGUUAAUUUAAAUUUUGGUUGUUUGGUGUUGUUUUUUUUUUUGUUGAUUCUUGUGUUGUUAGGUAAAAGAAAUAAUUGUGAGAAAUUUCAGCUUGAUUCUAGAUUGGGUUUCGGAGAAAAAACGUGUACAAUUUUUUUUACCAGAGAGACCUAAAGAGUGAGUUGAUAUAAGCUUUGUAAAAAUGUUUAUGGAUUUCGGUGAAUUUUUUUCAAUAAAAGUAAUUGUUUCUGUUAAAUUCGGGACAUAUAAUUUUUCUAACUGUAUUUAGACAAUAAACAACACUGUAUACAUAAAUGCCACCAGACAAUGAUUCUAAUUGUACAUAAUUCUCUUUUACAUUUAUGCAUUGUUUGAUUUUUUUUUAAAGCUUUACUUUCUAUAUAUAUAUAAGGAUGCAAAAUUAAUAAAAGAAAUAGUUUGAUUUCAAAGUAA